UCUCUCUCUCUCUCUAUUCACGGCAGUAGCAGCGGCGAGUGAUGUCGAAUACAGACGGCACUUCUAACGGCGUAACUAACGGUGCCCUCAUGGACCCACAGCGUCCGCAGGCCCCAGCCAACGGUGCACUAACGGUGAAGAAACCGCCGGCAAAAGACCGUCACAGCAAAGUGGACGGCCGUGGACGCCGCAUCCGUAUGCCGAUCAUCUGCGCCGCCCGGGUCUUCCAACUGACCCGUGAGUUGGGCCACAAAUCGGACGGUCAAACCAUCGAGUGGCUACUCCGCCAGGCCGAACCUUCUAUCAUCGCCGCUACCGGUACGGGCACCACCCCUGCCAGCUUCUCCGCCGUUGCCGUCUCCGUCAGAGGCUCUUCCAGCAAUUCGGUCUCCGUUUCUCUCGACCAGAAACCCACACCACCCAUGCUGGGGCCCACUCCCUUCAUCCUCGGCAAGCGACUUAGAAGUGAUGACGAUGAUGAUGAUGCUGAUGACGCAGCUCCCAAAGAAGAUUCAGCCACUGCUACAGGCGGCGCCGCUGCUUCCUCCGCCUGUGGUGCCUCUGUGGGCCCCGCUUCUGGUGGGUUCUGGGCUGUGCCGGCUCGGCCGGAUUUUGGUCAGCUUUGGAGCUUCGCUGCUGCACCACCGGAGAUGGUGGUACCGACGCCGGCGGCAGCUGUUGCUUCGCAGCAGAUGACGAUGGCUGGGAGGUUUGGACAACAACCCAUGGCCGAGGCCUCGGCGGCGAGGGUUGGGAAUUAUCUUCCGAUUGCUCAAGGGUAUCUGAAUUUGCUUGCUUCAUUGUCUGGUGCUUCGGCUUCGUCGGGAAGAAGAGACGAUGAACCUCGUUGAUUGAUUGCUUUUGUGCGAGUGUGUUUUGAGCUGAGUGGGUGUGUGGGUUUGUUGGGCACUUGCGAGAGGAGGAUUUAUAUGGGUAUGGUUAGGGUUGAGGUUUUUAGUUGGUUGGGUUGUUGGAGGUGGGGGGUGGGGAAGAUGAAGUAAAGAAGUAUUAGUUUGUGGAAAAUUAUGAAUUCAAUCGAGUAGGGGUUGUAUUAGUCACUAUGCUUACUAUUCUCUCUGAAAGUUAGGGUUUAGUCUUCUUCAUAUUUUUUUGUUGUCUUUCCCUGUUUAUUAGGGUUGUUUUAUGGGAGUGAGAGUUGAGCGAGCGAGGACUUUGUUGUUUGGGGGUUGUGAACCCGGCGAUAUAUCUUCACUGGAAGGGAGUUUUGUGGGUUGUUUUUGCUAUUUCCUGGAGUAUGAACUAUGAAGGGUUAGUCAGAGAAUAAUCUUUGAUUGAUGGUGGAUGAUGUGAUUUUCGUCUUUCCCACUUUCUUCUGGUUCAGUGCAAGGUGUGGUUCCUGUUGCUGCUGCUGCUACCUAAUGAGGAUUGGGUUUGCGAUGUUGAAGGCUACGAGUUGCAGAAUUGGGCUCUGAGGAAGUGACUGGAUUACCUCUCUUGCUGUGAAGAAAUUUGGUUUUUCUGAAAUUAUUACGGAUUUCCCUUCUGGGCUACUGUGUUCAUGAUGAUAGGCUACAUGGGCAUCUGAAGUUUAAUUUUCUUGGUGUAGCUGGAAUUCUUUUCUCUGGGGAUCCUGACUAAAGAGUUGGCCUCCAAGAGUUCGAGCUGCUAUGUUGGUUAUUGUGAGAAAAUAAUUAGGGGAUAUUUGCUGCCUUGUGUGCUGGGGAAGUCUCUGCAACGAGGUUCUCUCUUGCUCUCUAUGUUCGUGUGGAGGAACUUAGUGAAGAAUGCUGCGGAAAGGCUCUUGGUUCAUGCCUGUAAGAUCUCAUCUUUUCUAUUAAUCUGUAAUUUUUUUUUAGAAUUUUCUUAGAUUUAUCAGCAUGACAAUAAUGGGUUUUCUGUAUUGUUUGGGGUGCCUGCAGUGUGAAUAAAAAGUAUGUCUUUUCGUUUCUUUCCUUUGGGGGUUUGCUCAACCCAUUUUUGUGUGUUGUGUUCCUUUCAUUAAUGUAAAUAUGAACCAUUUCAUUCUAAUUUUAUUUUAUUUGCAGUGCCCAAGGAGAAUGAACUGAA